GGACCGCGGAAGAAAACGCCCACCGGAAGCGGCCCCGAGACCCGAACAUGGCGGCGGUACGGUGGCUACGCUGGGGCCUGAACCGAGCCGAAUCCUGGCUGCUCCCGCGGCCCGCGCGCUGCCCCCACCGGACUCUGAACAAACAGGUAGAGGGUACCGAAUUCCAGAGCAUCUACAGUCUGGACAAGCUCUACCCCAAAUCGCGGGGCUCGGAUACCGCCUGGAGGGUUCCGGAUGAUGCAGAGCAAGCCAACUACGACAUUCCUAUAGAUCGCUUGACAAUAUCUUAUUGUCGGAGUAGUGGUCCUGGGGGCCAGAAUGUUAACAAAGUAAAUUCCAAGGCUGAAGUCAGGUUCCACCUGGCCAGCGCCGAGUGGAUUGCAGAGCCUGUACGGCAGAAGAUGGCGGUCACGCACAAAAAUAAGAUCAACCGGGCAGGAGAGUUGAUCCUUACCUCUGAAUGCAGCCGCUAUCAGUUCCGAAAUCUGGCAGAUUGCCUACAGAAAAUUCGAGACAUGAUUACUGAGGCCAGCCAGCCAGCCAAGGAGCCAUCCAGAGAAGAUGCUGCACUUCAGAAAAUCAGGAUAGAAAACAUGAAUCGGGAAAGGCUGAGAAAAAAGAGAAUAAAUUCUGCCAUAAAGACCAGCAGGAGGGUAGAUGUGGACUGAAAUCAUCCCCUCGAGCUGGCAAAGACCCUCUUUAGGGCCUCCAGGCAGCUGCCACCGAGGGAGCUUUAACACCAUCAGGAGACGUGUGUGUUGUUUGUUGUCAGUGCUUGUCUGUAACAUUGGAACCAUCUCAGGAAUGUUCAUCUGGAAUGAGGGUUGUAGGCAGUGGUUGCAGAGGUCUUUACAGGCAAUUACCAUGUUGUCAAACCUCUAUUAUCCAUUUAAUAUAUUAGUUGCAAUAAAGUUCUAAACUCAGUGGGCUUCCGCUUCUCAGAAUGCUUCAGAACAGAAUUCCUCCCUUUUCUCUCAGUUUAAAUCUGCCUAAUAAUUAUUGGCUGAUUGUACAGCCCCGGGGGAGCACAGAGGGAUGAGCCCUUUGGGAACACGGGGCAGAAGGGCUGAGACAGGUGCGUGGGCAUCGGAACUGGGCCUGGAGACAGGGCUAGAAUAUUAAUCAGUCAAGAGCCGGGAGGACAUGCCAGUUGAAGGGAACAGUGUGAAUAAAGGAGACCAGAGAAAAGGCUGGGGUGGAGGAGACGAUGAGGAAUCCAUCUGAAUGGGGAAUUUGUCCAGGUCGUUGUGAGAGGUGAGUCUGGAGAGGGAGAUAGAAGUUCAAGGUGCAGGGUCUCAGGUUCAAAUUGAGGAAUUUAGAUUUUUUUUCUUUUUUUUAAUUUUAUUUAUUUUUGGCUGUGUUGGGUCUUCGUUUCAGUGCGUGGUCUUCUCACUGCGGUGGCUUCUGUUAUUGCGGAGCACGGGCUCUAGGGCACAGGCUCAGUAGUUGUGGCACACGGGGUUAGUUGCUCCAUGGCAUGUGGGAUCUUCCUGGACCAGGGCUUGAACCUGUGUCCCCUGCAUUAGCAGGCAGAGUCUUAACCACCGUGCCACCAGGCAAGUCCCAAUAAAUGACUCUUAUGAAAUACAAAAGAUGUGGAAGAUAGGGUCCCUGUCCUCAAGGGACUCAGAGCCCAGUAGGGAGCUGAGGCUCAUAUACAAGGAAGUGCAGCAUUCUUUGGUUCAUUAAUUCAACAAAUACUUAUUGAAUACCGGGCAAUGGGCCAGGUCCUGGGGAAUCAGCAAUGAACAAAACAAAAGUCCUUUCUUCCAGAGAACUUCCAUUUGAUCAGAGGAUGAUAAAAGCUGAGAAGAAAAAUGGCUUCGUCUGGGUAACAUGACCUAAAACGUGGUAAAUAACACAAGAAAGGUCUAAAUAGAUUUUGGGAAGGAACUAGUUCCAGCUGGAUGGUCAGUGAAGAUGUACUUGAUGUGCUUGAGAUGGGAUGGAAGAAGGGGAGGGGCUGGCCAAGGGAGCAAGGUAAGAGCUUGUCACCUGGAGGCUCCAGUGAUGGCCAAGGGCCCUGCCUGUGGCCAGGACAGUAAACCAUAGUAUUGAGAGAAUGGGCUGUGAAGCCAGCUGCGCUGGAUCAGCUGCUGAUUUCCACCACCCCCAGCUGUGCAGCCUUGGGCAAACUACUCGGCCUCUCUGAACCUUAGCUUCACCAUCUAUAAACUAGGGAUGAUGUUGUUAGUGCCCACCUCGUAGGGUGGUAGUGGUUAGUGGCACUGAGCCUACACCCAGCGAAUGUUAGCCAUAAUUAACAGUUUAGCCAUGAUUAAACAGUUCCAGUUUGGCUGGAAGCCAGGGGGUGAGGAGCUGUGGAAGACACACCUGCCACCUUGAGUGGGAGCCAGGCCUAGAAAGGCCUUAAAUGUGACAGCUAAGACAUUUAGACUCCACCCCUACAGAGGCUGUCAGGGGAAGAUUAAUCUGACUGUGACUGAAUGAGAAAAGACUGCGGGGAAGUGGACACAGGUUGAUGGACAGACCCAUGUGAGCAGUUAGGGACCCAUCCUGGAACUAGGGCAGUGACUACUGGCAUGGAGAGAAAAUAGCAGGUGCAAAAGGGUUAUGGGGACAGAAAAUUGGCUUGGGUGGAGUGCGAGCUGGUGUGUGACAAGGUGCUGAGCUUUCAGCCAGGAAAGUCACUGAGGGAGCAGGCUUGGGAGGAUGGUUGGAUGAUGGGUAUGGUUUUGCCUUCGAGGAGCUGACUUUGUGGGGCCUGAGGAGGAAUGCUUAGGUGGAGAUAGCCAGGAGAGGGAAUGGAGCUGGAGCUGGGGAGUGAGGUCAAAGCUGGAGAUGCAGGACAGGGGACAAGUAGAGUCUUGGGAAUGGAGGAGCAGUUGAAGAUGAGGCAAGGCAGGGCAAGAUGAUGGUGGCGGGAAACCAGAGAGGGCAUCUCUCUGGUUAAACUCGAGCCUAGUGCUGGACCUGUGAGGCCCUCAGAAGACAUUGGUGGCAUGUGAAGGGACCUGGGAAAGCAUUCGAGAUACGGAAGAGGGGAAGGAGGUAAAGAGAAACAAAAGCCAGGGGACAGAGAGUGGAGAACAAGGGCAGGACCUGUCAUUUAAAGAAAAAAAAAAAGGUUGAGGGCAAAAGAAUGAACAUGGGUGAAC